CCACCACCAUUGCUUUCAUUUCUGCUUUUCCUUUUCAAAAGAGCUUAAUUUGCGUGUUAUAAAGUGAAGCAUAAAGCGCGGCUGGUGAGAUUGGUCCUUGUCCGGCGCUUCACAGUACAGGUGGACGCCAGGGGCUGCCUGCCAAAUACUUCUGGUUGGAGGGAGGGGUGGGAGUGUAGGCGAAACCACUCCUGGAAUGGCUUAACUCGCCGAGCGCGAAUCAAUGACGCCCGCCCGCCGGCUGCGGCAGGCUCCUUCGAGUAGCGCGGCCGCGUGGACUCCCGUCCCGGGACCCUGGAGGCGCGCAGGACACGGCCCGGCAAGAGCGCGGCGUCCCCGGGGGAGCCAGGGCUCUGGCUGAGAUCAUGGCCAAUGGCAUCGAUGAGCUCAUCGGCAUUCCCUUCCCCAACCACAGCAGCGAGGUCCUGUGCAGCCUCAACGAGCAACGGCAGGAUGGCCUGCUCUGCGACGUGCUCCUGGUGGUGCAGGAGCAGGAGUACCGCACCCACCGCGCUGUCCUGGCGGCCUGCAGCAAGUACUUCAAGAAGCUCUUCACGGCGGGCACCCUAGCCAGCCAGCCCUAUGUCUACGAGAUCGACUUCGUGCAGCCCGAGGCGCUGGCUGCCAUCCUUGAGUUUGCCUACACCUCCACGCUCACCAUCACCGCGUCCAACGUCAAGCACAUCCUCAACGCUGCCAGGAUGCUGGAGAUCCAGUGCAUCGUGAACGUGUGCCUGGAGAUCAUGGAGCCUGGCGGGGACGGGGGCGAAGAGGACGACAAGGAGGACGACGAGGACGAAGACGACGAGGAGGAGGAUGAGGAGGAAGAGGAGGAGGAGGAGGAGGACACAGAGGAUUUCGCUGACCAGGAGAACUUGCCAGACCCCCAGGACAUCAACUGCCACCAAAGCCCUUCCAAGACAGACCAUCUCACGGAGAAGGCCUAUUCAGACACACCCAGGGACUUCCCUGAUUCCUUCCAGGCCGGCAGCCCUGGCCACCUGGGGGUGAUCCGGGACUUCUCCAUCGAAUCCCUGCUGAGGGAGAACCUGUACCCCAAAGCCAACAUCCCCGACAGGAAGCCCUCCUUAUCUCCAUUCGCCCCGGACUUCUUCCCACACCUCUGGCCGGGGGACUUUGGUGCCUUUGCCCAGCUGCCUGAGCAGCCUAUGGACAGUGGGCCCCUGGACCUAGUCAUCAAGAACAGGAAGAUCAAGGAGGAAGAGAAGGAAGAGCUGCCCCCGCCCCCACCCCCGCCCUUCCCUAACGACUUCUUCAAGGACAUGUUCCCAGACCUCCCUGGGGGGCCGCUGGGCCCCAUCAAGGCGGAGAACGACUAUGGUGCCUAUCUCAACUUCCUGAGUGCCACCCACCUGGGAGGCCUCUUCCCCCCCUGGCCACUGGUGGAGGAGCGCAAGCUGAAGCCCAAGGCCUCUCAGCAGUGUCCCAUCUGCCACAAAGUCAUCAUGGGGGCCGGGAAGCUGCCGCGGCAUAUGAGGACCCACACCGGGGAGAAGCCAUACAUGUGCAACAUCUGCGAGGUCCGCUUCACCAGGCAGGACAAGCUGAAGAUCCACAUGCGGAAGCACACCGGGGAGCGGCCCUACCUGUGCAUCCACUGCAACGCCAAGUUCGUGCACAAUUACGACCUCAAGAACCACAUGCGCAUCCACACGGGCGUGCGGCCCUACCAGUGCGAGUUCUGCUAUAAGAGCUUCACGCGCUCCGACCACCUGCACCGCCACAUCAAGCGCCAGAGCUGCCGCAUGGCGCGGCCCCGGCGCGGCCGCAAGCCCGCAGGCUGGAGGGCCGCCAGCCUGCUCUUCGCGCCCAGCGGCCCGGCCCCCGACAAGGCUGCCUUCAUGAUGCCGCCUGCGCUAGGGGAGGUGGGCGGCCACCUGGGUGGCGCCGCCGUGUGCCUGCCGGGCCCCAGCCCUGCCAAGCACUUCCUGGCGGCGCCCAAGGGCGCCCUGAGCCUGCACGAGCUCGAGCGGCAGUUCGAGGAGACACAAAUGAAGCUGUUCGGACGCGCCCAGCUGGAGGCCGAGAGGAACGCGGGGGGCCUCUUGGCCUUCGCGCUGGCGGAGAACGUGGCUGCGGCGCGGCCCUACUUCCCGCUGCCCGACCCGUGGGCCGCGGGCCUGGCUGGCCUCCCCGGGCUCGCCGGCCUCAACCACGUGGCCUCCAUGUCUGAAGCUAACAACUAG